AUGAAGCUCGCCAUCACAAUCGUUCUUGUCAUGCUGUCCGUCUGCUGCAGCUCAGCUUCUUCAGACACCUGCCCAGGAUUUUUUCAAGUCCUCGAGUACCUCUUCAUGGGCUCAGAGUCCACUUAUGAGGCAGCCCUGAAGUUUUACAACCCUGGCUCAGAUCUGCAAAAUUCGGGGAUGCAGCUGAAGAAGCUGGUGGACACCCUCCCCGAGAAGACCAGAGUGAACAUCGUGAAGCUCUCGGAGAUAAUCCUAACAAGCAAUCUGUGUAAUCAAGACCCAAGCUUCUAAGGCACACCAGACUUCGAAGAUAUCCCCUGCUAAGAGCCCUGCCGUUACCCUGUGCCCCUUGACCUCCCGCACCAGCCCUGCCUCCCUCUCCGCA